AUGAUUCAUGAGCUGAAUCAUAUCAAUUGCUUAAGCUCUUCAAUUAAAUCACAAAACCAAAAGAAGAAAGAAAAUGUCAGUCUUCCUCUGUUUCAUCUUCCUCACCCAUUUUUCUUAAUCUUUUUGAAAAAUCUCAAACCUUCUAAAUGGAACCUUCCUCCAGGACCAAAGAAGCUUCCGAUCAUCGGAAACUUACACAACAUCAAAGGAAUGCUUCAUUUAUGUCUUCGGGAUUUCUCCCAAACAUACGGACCAGUGAUGCUUCUCCAGUUCGGAUUUGUGCCCACGGUGGUAAUCACAUCGAAAGAAGCAGCUGAGGAAGUGCUCAAGAUCCACGAUCUUGAAUGUUGUAGCCGAUCAUUGCCACUCGGGCUACGAACAGUCACUUACAACUGUAAGGACAUCGGAUUCGCGCCUUACGGUGAGAAGUGGAAGGCGAUGUUUAUCAGAGAGGAAGAGAAUGACUUGUUGGUCAAGAAACUAACCGAAUCUGCUUUGAGACGAUCUCCAGUGAAUCUGAGGAAAACCCUUUACACGAUAAUUGGUAGUAUCGUGUGUAGGAUCGCAUUCGGGCAGAAUCUCCACGAUUGCAAGUUCAUGGAUGAAGAUAGUAUCACGGAUCUUCUGCUCGAAGUUUCUUUAAUAGAUAAGAUUGUUAGCUUCUCUGAUUUCUUUCCCGGAAGAAUUGGAAGAUUCAUCGAUUGGAUCUCCGGUAAGAACAAAAGACUGAAGAAUGCUUUCUCGGAACCAGACAUUUUCUUCCAGAAUAUUCUCGAUGAACAUCUUAAGCCUGAAGAAGAGAAGUAG